AUGCCCUCACUGCUAGACCUCCCCGACGAGGUCCUCGUUGAAGUGGUCCGGCUCGCGCUCGGCCUCGGCCAUGCGGACGGUCCAAUUGACGAUGCGCGAUGCUUUCAGAUUGUCUCCCCGGAUUUUGUACCAGGCAUCGCGCCAUGGAUGAGAAAGCGCACGCUGAAGGCGCAUGCCGAAGAUAAAGCGCCUAUUGUGCCGCUGCUUGUGGCUUCACGGCGGUUGAGCAAGAUGGCCGGCUCUCUCUUGUUGAGCAGAUCCGUCUUUCGCGUGAGUGACACGCCGGAUUUGCAGCUACUUCUCAGCUCCAUGGGGCCUGAGCGGAUUCUACGCUUGAAGCACAUGUCGGUCGCCCUCUACUCGGACGACGAUUAUGAGCACGACCCGCGCGACGAUAAAACCACGCAACAGGACAUUGACGAGGCCACGACGGCACUGGGACAAUUGCCGUCGACACUGCGAGGCCUCCGUCUAGAAUUGCCUUACCAUUGGCAUCCUCCGUUCUCCCAUGACAAAGGCACCGACUUGCGCCUCAGAAACGCCAUGAGCAAGUUCUCCGACUUGAGGGAACUAUACCUCGACCUCUACACCCACUUUGUGCAUAUCGACAUGUUCACCAACAUGGCUGCCAACAUGUAUACCGACUUUCACGAAUGGAUCGAGCCGGCAGCCCCCCGGUACCCCCAUCUCAGGCGCCUCCAGCUCCAAGGAUGUCUGACGCCUUCCCUUGGAGGAAAAGGUCUUGCAACCGCUCUCUCAGAGGCACAGCUUCCGUGCCUGGAAGCGCUCGUUCUUGAUGGCAUUCUCCACGACAGCGACGACGAGAACUCUCUUAUAUUCCAGCCGGAUGCAUUCAAGACGAUGCACCCGUUGCGCGAGUUUUGCUGGAUCCCGUACGACUUUGACGAGGGCAUACGCAAAACGCUGGGGAACCCGCAUUCGCCGCCGACGAGGCGGCACUUGGAGGAGCUCAAGGCCAGGCACGGCGAGACUCUGCGCGUGUUGCAGAUUGACUUUGGGGAGAGGGAGUCGCGCAAUGGGCCGUGGGAUCUGGACAUUGAUGAGGUGUACUUGGACAAGUUCAAGGCCGGGCUGCCAAACCUGCGAGAAGUGUCUCUGACGAUGGGCGAGGAAGAGUGA